AUGAAGGCUCACGCUUGUCACUAUCCCGGCUGUAGCAAAAGUUUCACCCGCGCGGAACAUUUGCGACGACAUUACCUUAAUCACGAGCAACCCCGCGACGGAUUUACCUGUGAGCGCUGCUCAGUACAUUUUCGAAGACCUGAUCUGCUCGAACGGCAUAUGCAACGCCAUACCAGACGAGAUGAAGAAGCCGGCGGGCCAGGUCUGGGAGUUCUCAAGACGAGGAAGAGGACUCGUAGGGCUCGAGAUGGAUCGAUUGUGGUCCGUCCAUUGCUGCGAGAAAUCCAGUCGGCAAGACGUUCCACUGUCUCUACUACAAGCUCUGACCGAGGCCUUGUCAUAGAAGAUUUGAAAGAUCACUCUGAUGAUCUAGCACCUGUCUCCCCUCCUGGUUCCGGUACAGAUCAGAAUUCCUUGUCCAUGGAUGCAAUUGAUGAGAAUGACCCUUUUCUCGCGCCUAUGAUGCCUGGCGGACCCUUUGAGCCUUAUGUUGAGCCGAUACCGGGGCAGUUUGAUGCUGCGGAUGGUUCAUUCAAUAAUGGUAUGGAGGAGGUUGGUAAUUUUUCUAGUAUGGACACAGCAACCGACUUCAAUCUACCCUUUGCCGCGACCUGUAACUAUAAUUGGUUGUUCGAUGUUGCCUCUCUCGAUGAUGCCUUUCAUCAUUUCGACUUCCAGCUUGGCUUUGAUACAGGGCCAUAUCCCGACACUAUAAAUACACAUUGCCCAACACCGGACAAAUAUGAUGGACCCUCAGCGCUGCUGGAGGUUGCGUCCAUGAUAAAUCGGACACAGAUGCCACCGGCAACAAUAUCUCCACAAGCAACAGAGCUCCUAGAGAUGGAAUGGAUGUCUGGAGCGUCAUACCUGGGCUCUAAUUCUCAGCCAAGCCUGCCACAGCUGUCUGAAGAUUCUCGAACAGGAUUCCUAUCUCUGGUGGCUCGAACACAUCCUACAGGCAUUAACGGCCAGCCAAUGGCACUCAACUCACCUCUACUGAACUUAAAUGCAUUGCAAAACUAUUGCGAUUUGUUCUUUGCUCGGUUCAAUGUGACAUAUCCGCUUGUUCACCAGGCAACUUUUAAUCCAGAAUCAGUGGAACCGGUAUUUUUGGCGUCGAUCCUGCUCAUGGGAGCUACAUACGGCACACGCGAGGCCCACCAACUGGCUGUAGGCGUUCACGAUCAGCUCCGGAACCAGCUCUUGAGCCACCCUGACUUUUCGCCACAGCCUGAUCUCUGGGCCCUACAGACCAUGCUUCUUAUUGAUUGUUUUGGGAAGAUGCGGGCUGGCCCAAAGCAGAGAGAAAAUGCCCAGCUAUUCCACUGCGUGUUGAUCAAGCUGAUCCGUCGUAGUAAUUGUUGCAAUGUGCAGGAUACAUCACACUUGGCGCGAUUGAAUGAUCUAGAUCUAGAUAUAUCAUGGAGACAGGCUAUGGAUGAAGAGCAGCGGAAGCGUUUAGCCAUGCAUUGCUUCAUGUGGGAUACGCAGCAUGCAGUUCUGUUCUCCCAGUCUCUGUGUAUGUCGGCAUUUGAAAUCAGAUCUUCUUUGCCUUGCAGUGCUGCUGCAUGGGAUGCAUGCUCAGCCCGGGAAUGGUCGCACUUAGCAGCUCAUGAAACAACUCGUCCCUUCCUCACUGUUUUGAAAGGCUACAUCACCCCUGGGGGCGCAUCUCGACCCCGAAAUCUAAACACAUUUGCUCGCACAGUGAUUCUGCACGGAUUGAUGUCUGUCUCAGCGGAUCUGAAGCGCCGUGAUCAGACAACCCUUCGGUCGGAAACGCCCGAACGUGUUGGGGCAUGGACCCCGCGUAUGAGCCGCUCAUACGAUCUGUGGAAAGUGGAUUUCGACGCAGAUUGCCUUACUAUGAAGCUAGCACAGACCGCCGAUCAACGGCAAUUCACAGGAUUGAAAAUGGCUGCACAUGCACUUUACCAUGCUGCAUGUCUUGCCUUGAAAGUGGAGGUUUUGGACUUGCAGAUCAUAUCCGGAGCGAGGAACAUCCUUGGAAGAUCGGUAACUUCGGCUGAUCACUCACGAUCCCAAAGAAAUAUUCUUCGGUGGUUUCAUGAGGACUCCAGUGCAUCGACUGAUGCUGCUCGCCAUGCGUCGCAUCUGUUGCAGGAGGCUGUGCUUAGUCUACAUGACUGGGAUCAGACUGAUGCCUUUCAUUUCCCAUGGUGCUUGUACCUAGCGACAUUGGCUUGCUUUGUCUUUCAUCGUGGAAUGACUUUUUCUUCGUCCGAACAACGAGUUAACACCGAUCUUUCGUCUUUGAUAGUGAUGAUGACGAACUGCCCCAGUUCUACAGAGCUGACGGCAUUAUCUGGAAAGUAUGAUCCGAAGCCACUGGCGGCUGUCAUGGCCCAGCAAUUGGCUACAGUUCGUUGGGCAGUAGUUCAUGAUGCGAUGAAAGUCUUAAUAGGUCUGUCUCAGUAG